AUGGGCAGACUCCGGGCCAUCGAGCUCCUGGAGCCUCCCACACUGGAGCCCUCACCCAAGAGUGAGGCUGACAUUGGCCACCAUGGGCCACUCUUCUGGCAUGGUGGUGGCACUUGGUGUUAUGUCACCCACCCCAAUCUUCAGAUGUGGGUGGCAGUGACCAUCAACAGCUUCUUUACCAUCUUCUCGCCUGCAGGGUACCUCAAGUGUGACACAGACGAUGGCUGCGAGGCCAAGGAGGAGGCGGGUGGCGAGGAGCUCUUCGACACGGUGAACUCCUCCAUAGUCUCGGGAGACAGCAUCCGCUUCUUCGUCAAUGUCAAUUUGGAGGUGCCCCCCAACAUUGCUGUUGAGAAUGAAAGUGCUGGCUGCGUGUUGCUGCACACAUCAAGGAAGUACCUGAAGUUAAAGAAUUUUGAGGAGGAAGUCAGAGCCCACCGAGACCUGGAUGGGUUCUUGGCCAGAGCCAGCAUCAUCCUUGAUGAAACUGCAACCUCCUUAGAUGACGUCCUUCGAGAGAUGCUGAAACAUUUUGCUGAAGACCCUGAUAACACGGAGCCGAGCUGCAACUUUGAGAAAAUCAUGAGCACUUUAUUCACAGAUUCAGGGACCCCUCGAGAAGGGAAUGGCACCCAUGAUGUUUCAGAGCCAACAGGAAUGAAUAAACACACAUGUACAUCGCACCUCAAAUUUCAUCUCCUAUCAGAUACAAUUCAAGGGGUCACGGCAACAGUCACAGGGGUGCAGUAUCAGCAGUCCUGGCUCUGUAUCAUUUGCACUAUAAAGUCCCUUCAGCGACGUCACGUUUGCAUCAGCCGCCUGGAGAGGCCUCAGAAUUGGGGUGAAAGUUCCUGCGAAGUUAGAUUUGUGAUACUAGUCCUGGCUCCUCUUAAAAUGAAAAGUACCAAAACUGCCACAGAGGUGGGCCGGACCUUUGCCACGAUGUUUUCGGACAUAACCUUUCGGCAGAAACUUCUGGAGACCAAAACUGAAGAGGAGUUCAAGGAAGCCUUAGUGCACCAACGUCACUUGCUCACAGUGGUGAAUCAGAGACCCUCAGCAGUGAGCGAUGGGCAUAAGCCACACAGCCCUAAGCCGCUCAAGUUGCAUGAGUUUCUCAAUGUUGGCAAGGGGAUUUCUGAUGACAUUGCACGAAGAUUUCCAGUGUACGCUUUGGACUUCACUGACGGUAUGUUGGCCAGUGUUUAUGGAAGCAUUGGCCUGAUUUUGAAUUUUUGUGAUACAAUGUCCUGUUUACAGUGUGCAUUGAAUAUGCUCUUUGAUGUGUAA